AUGUUGAAAUACAUUUUCUUCGCUGUAUUCAUUACGAUUUACGCCGAAAAGGCGAGUGUGACGGUGUCCGGGAAAUGGACGUGCAAUGGGAAAGCGGUUGAGGGAGUUGAAGUGACACUUUAUGAGUGGGACAUUUUCGAUCCAAACGACAUCCUCGACACAGCCAUCACAGGAUCCAAUGGGGAAUUCACGGUGCAGGGUGAAGAUUGGGAUUUCCCAAUCGUUUGGUUUAAUUUGAACGUCACCCACAAAUGUUUUCCCGAUUACAAGCCGCAUAAAAGAUGGUCGGAACUUUUUGUGAAAGAUGGCAAUUGGUUUUGUCCUUUCUCGACGACGAUUUGGAUCAAGAAAGCGUGCCUCAAUGAACAUUGUGAUAUGGGUGCGAAUGAAUUGAAUGGAAGGGGGCAACCAACUGAAUGUCGGUCAUCGGAGAAAGUGAGCGAG